AUGGGAAAGACUCGAGGACACGGUACACGCCGCGGUGGUAGCAAGGGGCGCGGCAGAGGGCCGGCAAGGGGCCGCGGGGAGGACGAGGACUCUUCAGAGGAGGAGUACGAGCCUCAGCAGCGCGCCGCCAAGGCAGAUGACAAGGGCGACAAGGAGGCGAAGGCCUCGGCCGGUCAGAGCCGCAACGCCGGGAAGCUGCCGCCCAGCGGCAGCGAGGACGAGGAGGAGGACGAGGACAGCGAGGACGAGGAGAGCAGCGACGACGCGCCAGAGCCCGCGUACCUGGCGCAGCCGGCCGCGCCCCGCAAAAAGUGGGCCGGGGAGCUGGGCCUGCUGGGGACUGCCGCAGGCUGUGGCGCCGAUGGCGGCUACUGGCGCAGCUCCGGGCAGAAGGACGAUGACGAGCCGGACCCGGCUCAGAUACGCAAGGACAUGGAGCGGCUGGAGCUCAUCAAGAACAGGAGGGAGCAGGACCGACUGAAGCGCAUCAGGGACGAGGGCUGGGACCGCUACGCACCCAUCAGCGACACCAACAAGCCGUGA